CAGGCGCUCCGAACCUAGCCGACAGCUAGCUUCCAAUUUAUUUCAAAAAUGCUGUCAAUUCCGCUGCCGGGGAGGAUGCCCUGCGACUCCGGUGCAUGCCAGCGUGAAACGGUGCCGUUUUUGAGGCGAUCGAGGGAAACACGGGAGAAUUUGCGCCUUUUUUAAUGACCCCGCCGAUCGGAACCCUUCGGCCGCCGGAGCCUCGGUACCUCUAACAACGGAGCAUCGGAGCACCGUUUGCGGAUGUGAAGAAGGAACCUGACGCGGGCUCAGGGCGGAGCGGCUAGCGGGGCGACAGAUUGGCGGCACAUCGGAGCUACUUGACUUGAGUGACCGAACGCCGCAGAUACCACUGAUAAAGUGAGGAUACAGUGAAAGUCGUGGGUUUCCCGACAUAGCUCCUGUCCUCUGCACAUCGCCGCUUCUAUCAUCAAAGCCUCCGUCACGGCUCCUUCACCGAGAGCCUUCUCCCGUUCUUUGGUGUCACUCGCAGCCAUGGAUUGGGCCACACCUGCUGCCAAACUCAACCCCUACACCCGAGCUCGCAUGAGCGAGGCCUGGCAGCAGCACGCUCCGCCUCCUGUUGUCCACACCAUCCCGCCGGGAGCGGAGAACACGCUGGGCUGCGCCGUGUACGGCAUCGUUCUGCAGCAGGAUGCUACGUCUCUUCAACAGCAGCAGCAGCAGACCCAGCAUGGCCAGCACAGCCAGCACAACCAACAGCAGCAGCAGCACGGAGGCGGGCAGCACGGUCAGCAGCAGCAGCAGCAUCAGGCCCAGCAGACUUCUCUACAAGUCGGGACAGAGGGGGGGCACAAGUGUGGGGCUUGCGGUCACGAUAUCUCCCACCUGUCCAAUCCGCAUGAACAUCAGUGCAUGGUGACUCAAGACAGGUCCUUCCAGUGCACCCAGUGCCUGAAGAUUUUCCAUCAGGCCACGGACCUGCUGGAGCAUCAGUGCGUUCAGGUGGAGCAGAAGCCGUUUGUGUGCGGCGUGUGCAAGAUGGGCUUCUCGCUGCUCACCUCUUUAGCCCAGCACCACAGUUCGCACAACAGCUCCAAUCCCAUGAAGUGUUCCAUCUGUGAGAAGACCUACCGGCCCGGCUCCUCUGGCAACGGGACGUCCAGCUCCUCCAACAGCUCCCAGCAGCCGGGCGGCGACGGGGCUUCGGCCAGCAGCAGCUCGUCCAUCCUGCCCUUCCCGUCGGCCCGGGACAGGCCGUACAAAUGCUCCGUGUGUCAGAAAGGCUUCAAGCACCUUUCAGAACUCACGCGGCACGAGAGGGUGCACACGGGAGAGAAGCCCUUCAAAUGUGACACGUGCGACAAGGCCUUCAGCCAGUCGUCGCACCUCCAGCACCACCAGCGGACGCACAGCAACGAGCGGCCCUUCAAGUGUGCCGUGUGCGAAAAGAGCUUCAAGCACCGCUCCCACCUGGUGCGCCACAUGUACGUGCACUCCGGCGAGCACUUGUUCAAGUGCAACUUGUGCGAGCUGCACUUCAAGGAGUCGUCGGAGCUGCUGCACCACCCCUGCCACCCGCAGGGCUCCCGCCCGUUCCGCUGCGCCACCUGCGGGAAGGGCUUCAAGCGGCCGUCGGACCUGCGCCAGCACGAGCGCGCGCACUCGGAGGAGCGGCCCUUCCACUGCGACGAGUGCCAGAUGAGCUUCAAGCAGCAGUACGCGCUGGUGCGCCACAGGCGCACGCACAAGGACCCCGGCGACCGGCCCUUCAAGUGCAACCUCUGCGACAAGGGCUUCAUGCAGCCCUCCCACCUCCUCUACCACCAGCACGUCCACGGCAUGGACAACCUGUUCAAGUGCGCCUCCUGCCAGAAGGAGUUCAGCCAGUCGGGGGAGCUGCUCAGGCACAAGUGCGGCGAGUCGUCCAACCCCUCGCCCGACAAGCCGUACAAGUGCGACGUCUGCGGCAAGGGUUACAAGAAGAGCUCCACGCUGCAGCGUCACCAGAACUCGCACUGCCAGGAGAAGCCCCUCAAGUGCUCGCUCUGCGACCGCCGCUUCCUGUCCUCCUCGGAGUUCGUCCAGCACCGCUGCGACCCGUCGCGGGAAAAGCCGCUGAAGUGCCCGGACUGCGAGAAACGCUUCAAGUACUCGUCGGACCUGAACCGACACCGGCGCGUGCACACGGGCGAGAAGCCGUACAAGUGCGGCCACUGCAACAAGGGCUUCAAGCAGCGCGAGCACUUGACCAAACACCAGAGCACGCACUCCCGGGAGGGACAGUUCAAGUGCGUGUGGUGUGGCGAGCGGUUCAGUGACUUGGGCUCUUUGCAGGAUCACACGGUGCAGCACACAGCGGACGGAGGCGGUUAUCCUGUGCCCCAGUGCUUAUAAACUUUUUUUUUUUUUUUUUGUUUUGCUUUGAAUGGACAGAACCUUAAGCACCAUGUCCUCUUGUCUGUCCCCUCAAGGCUGUUUACCAGCCUCUUUUUACACACACACACACACACACACAUAUUCAGGCUCAUUUCUCUCAUCCCCAGGCUUACCCAGCAAGUUAACAUAAAUUUGAACUUUUUAAUUCCAUGAGGAAAAAAAGCUUCACCUCCUCGUCUCAGCCUCACACUCAGACAUUGAGAGCAGCGCCGGCCACACUGUUACUUCCCUCCCAUCAUUCACACUCACUUCCAGUCGCGUGGGACUGUUGCAUAGCAAAUACGUAGGUCUUCCCCUCACAGAGAAUUAACCUGAAAUGCUCCUCUCAUCCUGACAAACGGUCCAGAAGCUCAUGUUGAAUUCAGCUCUUAUUGGAGCGGUCCUGGUUUCAGGUCAGGACGAAAUAAUAAAAGUCACUAGUGUUCGCACUGGUUAACGCCGCACCAGAAGACUUAAAUGUUUCCUAUUACACGUAGGAAAACCUUCCAAUAUGUCAAUAAGCGUUCAUAAAACUGGCUGUGCUUUGAAUGCACAAGCAGGAUUAUUAUCACAGCAUCAGUAGAAAUCCCAACGUUAGGACUUUCUCCGUUGCUCAUAGGUUCGGUUGUCGAGACGCCUGUUGCAUCCUUAGUUUGGUUAGUUCUGAGUUCAGAGUUUAGUUGUUCUUGGGUGGGUUUUCAGAUGAGUAGGGACUGGCAGGUGGUUUGAAGGUUAUCUGUGGCUACCCAAGUAAUCGCUUCAAUUUUUUUCAAACCCGAGUAAACACACUCUUGGGUAGUGUUCACAUGCUCAGCAGCUUGUUCUUUGUUUGUCAUUAAAUUGUCCAAGGUUGUGUUCAAACUUGCCCGGAUUCUUUCGUGGCAGCAUUUUUAACAUCAGUUCAAAAUAUAUAAACAAAACUCUUACUGACCGGCUGUUCUGGCCUCUAGUUACAUUCAGCUUCCUUGAAUAUGCUGCAUCGAGCUAAAUACUACCAAACACAUGAUGGACUGUUGUGCUUAUUCCAAAUAAAAGUUCACCCAAGAAAAACACAGGAGUUCCACCAUCUGCUCUUCAGUGAGAAAACGCAGCCUCUCAAGCCACUGUAAUCUGUUUGAUCAGUUCCAAUAACUGAGUUCUGCCUCUCCAGCAGGAAAGUGUGAACACACCCGUAUUAAAUGUAUUGCAAACUUAUCUGUGUUUCCUUUUCCUCUGAUCUCCUCACUUCCUUUGUUCCUCUCCUCUUUUUUUUUUUUUUUUUUAAAUUCUAGUCUGAGUCCAAUCCGAAAUGUGUAGUUUACUCUUUUGGUCCUCCUCCUUCUAUCAAAGAUUGCCCAAUAGGUUCCCUCAAGUUAAAUGCAGUAAAAUCUAAUCGGUGGUAUUUGGGACGGUUAUCGUCAUGGCGCUGCGCCCUGAUUCUAAACGACUCCCCAAAGUGACCCUCCAAUCACAUCCUCAUACAUUUCAUCCUCCCUCAGAGCUCAGUGCUGUCUGAAUGUCUCGCCUCCCCCUCCCUCAGCCUGUACAUAUUAUGGAUGUGUGAGUGUACUUAGCCAGGUGAUGAGCUGUCCAACUUGUCUUUCUAAAAAAAAAAAAAAAAAAAAAAAAC